AUGGCAAACCCAGCUUCAAAUGAGUCGGAGGAAAGCAUCUUCCAGCUGUUGAAACAAGCCGACACAAAAGAGCUGGAAACUCGAGAAAAGGCCAUCAAUGAGCGGUUACAUCGCACAUUUCAGCUCGGUCAACAGCGUCUUGCAGACCUUAUCGACCAGAAUUCGACUCUGCCCACGACUGUGUCGUCAGUGACUGUUCUCGGAACUCAGAAUACGAGACAUGGCUUCCUCGGAGCAGUGGUAAACCCUCUAUUGAGCGCCAACCGCGACCGACCGUAUACUCAAUCUGAGCUUAUACAUGAAGUCGCAAGAACAGCUGAGAAGCUGAGGAAAUUUGGCAUCUACCACGACCCAAUUUCAGUCUACCUCGACAAACCCUCCAAGACUGACCCGACAACUACACCGACCGAUAUUGCCAUAUACUACUCAGUGAAGGAGAAAAGCCGGAUAUUUGCAAAGACUGGAACAGAUCUUGGUAACGCAGAAGGGUCAGCUUACGCAAAUGUACAAUGGAGGAAUCUUUUGGGCGGUGCAGAAACCCUUGACGUAAAUGCGUCCAUCGGCACGCGCACACGCUCCUCCUACCAAGCUACUUUCGACACCCCUGUGCUGAGCAAUCCCGAUCUGCGAUUUCAGGUUGGCGGAUUGCAGAGCGCGACACAGAAAAUCUUUGCCAGCCACGAAGAAGUGCUGAAGGGAGGCUGGACCAAGUUGCGAUGGCAAAGUUCGGCCGCGUCGUUUCAUGAAAUAGGGUACAACGGUUACUGGCGACAGGUGACCGGGCUCGCACCCAAUGCUUCACAGACUGUCAGAUCCGAAGCAGGGGACUCUUUCAAGAGUAGCAUCUCUCACAUGUGGAUGGCGGACCGAAGAGACAACGCCUUACUACCAACCAGAGGCUACUAUGCCAAAACGUCGGCAGAACUGGCAGGAUGGGGCCCCUUACAAGGUGAUGCAGCGUUUUUGAAAAGUGAAGUUGAGACUCAGUCGGCACUGUCGAUACCGGUUCCAGGCAUCAAGGGCGACAGCGGUGUCAGCUUCACGACCGGAUUCCGUGCCGGCCUGCUCUACCCUUUGACUCUGGGAUCGAAGCAGAAUCCAGAAAUGUCACGGAUAAACGACCGAUUUCAGCUGGGUGGUCCCACGGAUGUUCGAGGCUUCAGACUAUCGGGCUUAGGGCCACACGAUGGUCCGGAUGCAGUAGGGGGCGACAUUUAUGCAGCUGGGAGCGCCAAUCUUCUUUUGCCUCUCCCUAAAGUUGGAAAGGAUAAGCCUCUACGGUUUCAGGCCUUCAUCAACGGUGGGAGGUUACUGGCAAUAAGGAAUGCAGAAAAGGAGGGUGCAAUGACGAGCCAGGAAGUUCAGCAAAGCGUUACAGACGCUUUUUCGGAGCUGGGGAAUGGGCUUCCAACAAUGUCAGCUGGAAUAGGGCUGGUCUAUGCGCAUCCGGUGGCGCGAUUUGAGCUCAACUUCUCAUUGCCAUUGGUCGUUCGGAGACAGGAAGAGGCCAGAAAGGGUGUGUCUUUCGGUAUCGGCAUCAACUUCCUGUAG